UUUGCUGCAGUUUGGAUUGGUGAUUGGCAGCUUGUUGACGACCGUACACCCACUCACUGAACAACAAAGAGCCGGCAACGUUGGAUAUAAAAAGGAUGGGCGUUCAGCAGCCAACAGUAGCACAGUUAAAAAAGCCAAGUUAAAGAAGAAACUUGCUUUGUGAUUUCUUCGCGAAAGUGAAUCAUAAAGAAACAUGGUUCUGCUGAAGAUCUCCGCUUUCUUUGUGGUUUGUGCUGUUUUUGUAUGUCAGAUAAACCGCUCCCAUGCAGUUCCUCUCAGAUCUGUGCUGGAGUCCGCUUCAGACAGGGUGGCGCUCAAUGAUUACGAAGUUCGACGACUACUGAAUGCGCUCGUUAAGGAAUUCAUCCAAAUGAUGGCAGAGGAGCUGGAACAAGAAGUCCCCGACGCCAACAGUAUUCCUUUGGAGAAGCGAGCCUGCAAGACAGCCACUUGUGCGACUCACCGCCUGGCUGACUUCCUCAGCCGGACCGGGGGAAUGGGGAACAGUGACUUCGUGCCAACCGACGUGGGAGCCAAUGCCUUCGGAAGGCGAAGAAGAAACGCUCAGAUGUAGAAUAUUCAGGGAUCUGGCAGACGGCAGUAACUGACGAGGCAAAGUUCUCUCCUGAUUAGAUGUUGCUUGGCACGCUUCCCUCAUAGCAGAAGCACGGAGAACAAUACCGAUUGGAAAUGUUUACUUCACAUCGUCUGAACGUUACAGUCCAAACUCGCCUGGUCUUCUCCUCAUUUUCACAUCUUCCUUAUUAUUUAUGUAAAGCUCUUCCGAAAUGUAAUGUGCGGCAAGACUUAACUUUUACAUGUCAUCAAGUUUUAUACCCAGUUCUAUUUGAAAUAAAGUGAUGGUAUAUAUAUUCUAAUGACGCUUGGGCACAAUGUGCAAUGUGACUUCCAGCUCUGUGCUGUUAGAACUUCGUCUCGACAGCACUCUUCAGUAUCUCGGGGAUAUAGGAAACGUGGCCUCUCAAGGCAUGUAUGUAAUAUACUUUGUGUUGUGCCUUGAUGUUAAACGCUAUGAAUUACAUGAUUGUACAGUAUAUUAAUGACAUCUUAAAUAUUGUAUCA